AUGCAAAACCCUGAAAAAGAAAAAACAGAGCAAUCAAGGGUGUGGACGGCGACAGCCGUAGGAACAGCAGCCGUGGUUGGUAUUUGGGCUGUUUGGCGAUUUCGGAGGUUUGAAACAGUGCAUGAUAUCCCAAAAGUUAUGUUCCCUAAACGAAUGCCGGAUCAAACUCGAAGCUUCCGAUCGCUCUUUGGCUAUAUUACACGAGUUGGUGAUGGAGAUAACUUUCGUUUUUUUCAUACACCUGGGGGAUAUUGGCUAGGAUGGCACUGGUUGCGUAAAGUGCCUACCUCACGGUCUGAUUUAGCUUCCAAAACCAUUUCCGUUCGACUAGCCGGGGUGGAUGCACCAGAAUCCGGUCACUUUGGAAAGAAAGCCCAACCCUUUUCCCUAGAGGCCAAACAAUUCCUGUCGAAGACACUGUUACACAGAAAUGUUCGCAUAACUCCGCUAAAGAUUGACCAAUACUCGAGACUCGUAGCUGGCGUACAGUACUAUCCUAUCUCUCAUUUUUUCUGGAAAAGGGACAUUGGUCCAGCUAUGGUUCAGAAGGGGUUAGCUGUUGUGUAUGAUGGAACAGAUGGAGUCUUUUAUCCAUCUUCGAAGGAACGCUUGCAAUUCCUUGAAAAAAAAGCAAAGAAGAAACAGCUUUGUCUUUGGUCUCAGGGGAAGCAUCUGGUACUACCGUCUGAACACAAGCGAAACAGUUAG